AAUUUUUUAUUAUUUAAUAAUUAUUGUAGUAUCAAUUAUUUAAAAAAGAAUUAUAAAAAAUUGAAGCCAUGAGCAUAGACACAGAGGUUGAUCUAUUUAAAAUUGACGAAUAAACACCAAAUUAUGAGGCAGAGUACACCAACGGUGAAGCUAAUGAUGAUUAUAAAGUUGAUACUGAAACUGCAGCUAGUGUCCAUAAAGUUAAGACGGAACCUGAACCUUAUAAAAUCGAUUCUGAAGAAAACAUAACUGAAAAAUCAACACAUUUGCCAACAAGAAUAUAAACAAAUCAAAAGAGAGUAUCUUUAACGACAGACACCGCAGAGGAGAACGAUCAUCUUCUAAUAACAUUGAUUUUAAAGGUGAGACUGAAGAUGAAGUUAGUAAAAAUGUAGUUAAUACAAAUUCUCCUAAGGUUAAUUCCGUAGAAAAUCUAACAAAAUCUAAAAAGUCUUUGCAAUAUCUUCAACCGUAAACGUCGCUGACCUAACAUCAUCCCCUGUUAGUAAUAUUUCUGAAGAUGAGAGCGAAAGUGCAGCUACUAUAAAUGAAGUGAUUUCAAAGUCCCCUAAGUUUGAUUCUAUAGCAAAUUUCACUGAACUUAAGAACUCAAAACAUACGUCAUUGAAAAAACAAACAAAUCUGUAUGCAAUAUCUUCAAUGGCAACUGCCACAGGAAGUUUAUCCACUGAUCAUAAUGAUUUCGAAGAUGAGACUCAAAGUGGAACUAAUAAAAAGGAAGUGAAUUUAAAAUCUUCUAAAUUUGAUUCUAAAAGAAAUUCAACUGAAACUAAAAACUCUACACAUUUUCCAUCAAGAAAACGAACAAAUCAAAAGGCAAUAUCUUCAACAACCGACUCCGGCGAGAAUUCAUCAUCCUCUAAUGGUGGUAAAUCUGAAGUUAAGAGUGAAGGUGCAACUACUAAGCAUAAAUUGAAUUCAAAAUCUUCUAAAGUCGAUUCUAAAAGAAUUAUAAAUAAAAGUAAAAACUCUGAACUUUUACUAUUAAAAGCACUUAAAAAUCGUAAGGCAAUAUCAGUUAUGGUAGACGCCGCCAUUUAUGGAUUGAAUGAACGCGGAGGAUCAUCCACAGUUGCAAUCAAGAAGUUUAUUAUGGGCAGAUACGAAAUCGGCAACUCAACAGAUUUAUUAAAACAAAUCCUUAAAUAUGCUAAAAUGUCGGUGAUCGAGGGCAAAUAUGUGCCUGUUAAGAAAUCAUAUAAAUUUUCAGCCAAAUAUAUGAGAUUGUAUAUGAAGAAUGUCGUGAGCGUUAAAGAGAAACGGAAUAGUGGAAAAAAUGAAACUGGUCCUUUAAAAAAUACAACUAAUUCAAUUGGUUCAGGAAUAACAACUAAAGGAAAAACAGCUAAAAGGAAAAAAUUGGUUAAUAGAGAUGAAGAAAACACUAAAGAAAAACCAAAACGUCAACGACAUAAUGCGAAGGGUAAUAUGGCACAUACAUCUAAAGGAUUAGUAGAAUCUAGAAAAAUGAAUGUGACAUCUGGUAAUAAGAUCGUUCAUACAUCUAAAGAAUUAGUAGAAUCUAGGAAAAUGAAUGUGAUAUCUGGUAGAGUUACUACCAAAAAAAGAAGACCAAAUCUAUUUGAAAAAAUACAGAUACUCACAAGUGAUCGACGAAAAAAAUAUUUAGAAAUAAUUGAUGCCUAUCCUACUGUUUCAAACGCAUCACAAAACGAUGAUAUAAUAAAUGCGUCGUUCAUCGAAAAUCAUGAUAUAUCUCUAACGAGUAUCGCUAAUUUAGGCAGACCCCCAAGGUGGUCUGAUAUUCCUGAACUUACGCGUAAUCACAGUAAAAUAUCUAGUAAAUAUGUAGAACAAGAAUAUAGAAAACGAACUAAUAUAUUUUAUACAUCGACACCCAUAGCAAAUAAAUAAUAUUUAGACAUGCUAC